AUGGCAGAAAUUAUGCGUCUCGAGGCAAUGACCUAUGACAAAGCAAAGACCGAUAUCCUGGGCUCUCUCAGUCACGAGUUGAGGUCGCCGCUACAUGGAGUCAUAGCUGCAGCCGACUUGCUUCACGAUACGACCCUAGAUGCUUUUCAAUGCGAUGUUUUGCAUUCAAUGGAGUCUUGCGGCCGCACUCUUUUAGAUGUCAUGAACCAUCUUCUCGAUUACAGCAAGGUGAAUACCUUCUUGCGUGAUGAGAAAGGUAAGAGGCGAAGUGGGCGGAUGACGCGGUCUGAAAAAGAAAAUUCGUUCCGCUCCAACAGCCUGAAACUAUCAUCGCAUGUACAGCUGGAUGUUUUGACGGAAGAGAGUAUCGACAGUGUGUUUGCAGGGCAUAUCUUCCAGAAGAUGUCCAUCGCCCAGCUCGGCAAACAGGACGAUGGGCGCAAUUACGAUACCAAGGUCAUUCGACGAUCGGACACGCUCGACGCAAUCGAGAGCUUUGGUCAUCAGACAGGAACGGCUAGCAACGUUCAGCUACGUCUCGGGCAUGUGUCUGUUUUCAUUGACAUCGAUCCGAGUAUUCCUUGGGACUUUCGUACACAACCAGGCGCCAUUCGACGUUUAGUGUUGAACAUUUUCGGCAAUUCGCUGAGAUAUACAGAGCGAGGCUUUAUCAUAGUUGCAUUGAAGCAGGAGACAACGCCGGCGAAACAUCGCCAGACGACUACAAACCUCAAAAUCAUCGUAGCUGAUUCGGGAAGAGGUAUCAGUCCGCACUUUCUGCAACAUAAUAUCUUCACGCCUUUUGCCCAGGAGGAUCGACUCUCUCCUGGGACUGGGCUGGGGUUGAGCCUGGUCAAGCAGAUUCUCAAGACCUUCAAAGGAACGGUCACUAUCGAAAGCCGAGUCGGCACGGGUACCUGCAUACAGAUCUCACUUCCUAUGCCCAAACGCAUAGGUGAAACUGAAGUCGACCCAAGCUUUGAGGGACACAAGACCGCCCUGAAAGGCCUCCGCAUAUGUCUCGUGGGGCUUGACGAAACGCUGCAUUCCAACUCAACAUCGCUGCCAAGUCUGAAGCCCAUGUCGGAGUCUGACUUGAUGAGCAGUGUGUGUUCUGAGUGGCUCAAAAUGCAGGUCAUCACACUUGAUGACCGAGAUAUCCGACCAGAUGUGGUUAUCUGUGGUGAGGAUGGAUUGGACCAGCUUGUGGCCAAUGUCAGACAGGAGCGUGGGUUUGCACCCAUCGUUGUUAUCUGCCGCGAUGCCGUGACGGCUCACGAGUACUCGACCACAUUCCGACCCCCUGGCCCAAGGCGAAUCCUCGAGUAUAUAUCGCAACCUGUUGGGCCACGGAAGCUGGCCAAGGUGCUGGUUACUGCCCUAAACCGCUGGAUAGAAGUUGCGAAAUCAGAGUUGCCAGCCUCAGCUGUGCCUGACUCUCCAAUAGACGAAGCUCGCGUCCUACCUUCGGUCCUAUCGAAAUUACAAACGUCGGAUCUUCCGGACGAGCCCGGUGGCAAGUCUGAAGGCCCUUCAGCAGACACCCAGCAAAGGGACGAAAGCACUGCUGAGCAAGUUCCUCCAUCAGCCGGUGAAGAUAGUGCACCGCAGUCUGAUACGAUUUCUAGACUGUCAUCACCAUCCAACACCGACUCGGAUAUUGGCAAGACGGAAUUUCUACUUGUAGACGAUAACAGGAUCAACCUUCAGAUCCUUGCUUCAUUUAUGAAGAAACUCGAAAAGCCACACAGGACUGCGAUGAACGGUUUCGAGGCUUUCAAGAUAUUCACCGCCGAACCCUCUCGCUACAGUUGCAUUCUCAUGGAUGUGUCUAUGCCGGUCAUGGACGGCCUAGAGGCUACGCGGCGUAUUCGUGAAAUAGAACGCACACGCAAACUCGCGCCGACGACCAUCAUUGCGCUCACAGGGCUGGCCUCCUCUAGCACACAGCAAGAGGCGUUUGCCAGUGGGAUGGACCUCUUCCUGACGAAACCAGUAAAACUCAAAGACCUCCAUACGAGACUUACCGAGAGGAACCUUUAA